AGCAGGUUGGGGCACAAAACCUGGUGUAUCUCCCCUCUUCGGGCUGAUGGUGACAGCUAGGGACCUGGGGGCGUCGAUAAGGUCUUUUAGCGUGUUUGUGGGGUUUGAGUUUCUGAUGUAGGGUAAUCAUUGGCACCUUUCCAGUUGGAGCUGGCUUGGCAUGGGGCCAGGCCCGCCGCCUUGGGGCAGGUACAAAAAGCAGGGAGAAGGGUCGGAGCCAGGACCAUGCAGAGACACUAGUCACACACAGAGGACAGGAGUUGGGACCAAAGUCGCUGUGUCCAGACAGCGGGAUAGACAGGCCAUUCUGGGUGUGGCCUUCCCUUUGCGGGAUCGGAAAGAUCAUCGGUGGACGAGCUGCAGGAGGGUUGGCGGGGAUUGCUGGGCGUUUCCUCCCUCAGGGCCCAGGACUGUCCCUUGUCCCGGGCUGUGACAGGAGAAUGAAAGGCCGGAGAUGGCGGUACACUCAGCUGCCCACCCAGGUGGAGGACACCCUGUCUGGGGAGGAGGGCGAGGAGGAGGAAGAGGAGGAGGAGGAGGAGGAAGAGGAGGCAGUCCCAGCCCCAGCCCCUCAGGGCCCCGUGGAGCCUCAGCUGACAGAAGCCAGCCAGGUCCUGGGUGCCUCAGAGAUUAGGCAGCUCAGUCUCCACCUACCCCCAAGAGUCGCUGGCCACCCCUGGAGUCUGGUCUUCUGCACAUCAAGGGACGGCUUUAGUCUUCGGAGACUAUACCGGCAGAUGGAGGGUCACAGUGGGCCAGUACUGCUGGUGCUGAGAGACCAGGAUGGGCAGAUGUUUGGCGCCUUCUCCUCCUCAGCUAUCCGGCUCAGCAAAGGCUUCUAUGGCACUGGCGAGACAUUCCUCUUCUCAUUCUCUCCACAGCUGAAGGUCUUUAAGUGGACAGGAAAUAACUCUUUCUUCGUGAAAGGAGACCUGGACUCACUGAUGAUGGGCAGUGGAAGUGGCCAGUUUGGGCUGUGGUUGGACGGAGACUUGUACCACGGGGGAAGCUACCCCUGUGCUACCUUUAACAACGAAGUGCUGGCCCGGCAAGAGCAAUUUCGCAUCGAGGAGCUGGAGGCCUGGGUUCUGAGCUGACACCUCCCAGGACCAGAGAUGCUCGGGUCUCUUUCGUAUGCUGCCCAGGCCUUGCUCGCACAGGGCAGCCAUUCUGCUUGACUCAGGGUGUUGGAGAACCCUCAUGUGGACUGUGGCUCUCAGCCAGCCUCCUUAUGGCCCAAAACCCCAGCGCAGGGAUGGGCAGCCCCUGUUUCCCAGCAGAGUUGACUGUGAAGGCGUGAAAGACACUCUUGCUGAAGAAGCAUGAAAUUUGUCUUUA